AUGGCGCGAACAAAGAGCAGUAGUGGUGGUGAGGAUAGGGAUGAAGGCAGUGAUGAGAGCAGUGAAGGCUCCGACGGUUCGGGCCGUAGAGGCAGAAGUGGUGGCCGUAAAGGGAGUGGUGUUGCGAAGAAGUGCGGGCAAGAGGUGCGUCCACUUCCACACCAAAUACAAGGGCGCCAAGAGAUGCAAAGGGAUGGAGGGCUCCGGGAAGGCAUGCGUUCACUUCCAUCCCUAAGGAAAGGGAGGAAAGGGUCGGAAGAGGAGGAGAAGCAGACGCUGAGACCAGUAGACGAAGAGUCCGACCGCCGCUCAACAUAUUGUUCCCUUAUAGCUAAGCCUGGAUUGCGGUUCCCAUGUAUGCUCAACAAAGGUAUGUUAAGAGGUUUUGGUAAUUGUGUGCCCAAACGGGAGUGUUGCUCAACAAAACAGUGGACAUACAGUGACACCGAUUACGGUGACUGUGCCUACAAACAGUUUUGCUGCACUCAUCAGGUUCUCUGUCAAGGCUGCGCUGAUGGCACCCGAGAAAUCAAUAAAACUUGUAUUGAUAUAAACGAAUGUGAUGAAACAUAUGGCUUAUGUUCGGGUCACGGGUGCAUGAAUUUGUUGGGCACCUAUACCUGUCAGUGCUUUCAUGGCUAUAAGAUUACAGAAUCGUCGGACAAACUCAAGACCUGCAGACAUAUAAAUGAGUCCAAAAGGGCUGACCUAUUAUUCUCGGCCUCCCUUACAAUGAAUUCAUUUUCAUUAAAUGAAAAAACUAAGAAAUCAGACAAUAUAUCAGACAAUAUAUCAGACAAUAUAUCAGACAAUAUAUCAGACAAUAUAUCAAUGCUUUAUUCGGGAACUCUUUUACCACAAUCUCUGGAUUAUAGUCUGAACGGCAAUUAUAUCGUGUGGACAGACAUAGCCUUAAAUCAGAUAAAUAUGGCGCCAAUGGUCAGCACGAGUGCCAGUCUCGUGAUGGAGAGGACAGUGAUUAGACACUCAAAGAAUCCCAUUUGUGUGUCAGUCGAUUGGAUCCAUGACUUGUUGUAUUGGAUUGAUUUGGACACCAGAACUAUAAACGUGUUGAAUGUGUUGAAACCGAUGGACUCCUAUGUGGUCCUCAAUGUCACGAACCAAGAGCCACACGAUCUGGUGGUGAACGUUAUGGACAGUAGUCUCGUAUGGAAUCACUUGGGAAUCAAACCCAGAAUUAUGCGCUCAUUUCAAGACGGAUCCAAUCAAACGAUUCUCUAUUCAAACGCCAAACAAAUAUUUUGUCUCACAAUCGAUGUCUUUAUCAAAAGGUAUUACUUUUUGGACAUUUAUUUCACUCUCUAUUCCAUUGACUUCAACGGUGGCGAUGAGAGGAAGAUCUUCACAUCCGUCGGACUAUUAAGUAAUAUAAACAGUCUUUCCAUCCAUUAUGACAACUUAUACCUGUCAACGAGUGGUUUGGUAUUCAAAGUCAAUAAGUUUGGACUUUUCGACCCCCAUAUGGGUGAGAGGGGGCAGGCGGUGGUCACUUCAUCGCAACCUAAUUAUAAUUAUAAGCCAUUUAUUACGGAAAACGCCACACAUUUGAAUAGUAGAGAGAUUUUUAAUAUCAAAAUAGUUGAUCCAAUACUUCAGCCGCAGCUCCAAAAUAAAUGUCUGUACAACAAGUGCUCCCAUAUAUGCCUGCCUUCAGAUGAUAUACAGAUAUACCGAUGUCUUUGUCCCAAAGACACGAUUUUAAUCGAUGACAGCAUAUACCGAUGUCUUUGUCCCAAAGACACGAUUUUAAUCGAUGACAGCGUUUGCAGUGAAAAGCGUUUCGAGACUUUAGUGGUUGAGUCACUUCACUGGGAAAAGGAUUUACAGAAUCUUAUCAAACACUCCAUCAGGAAAUCAAUUGAUUUGAGAAAACUGUUGAAUCAGUCGUUUGAGCGUCAAAUGGAUUUAAACCAUUUGUUUGACGUCUACUUCAACGAGUCGUUUGAUUUGAAGAAUUUGUUUCAUUUGAACGAAAAUCAAAAGAUAAAAAUGAAGAGAGGAUUCGUUAAAAAUUUGACCGAAAUGAUGACAGUUUUAGAUCAUUUGAUGAAAAGUGAUGAUUUAGACGAGUGGUCAUCCAAUGGCAUACAAUAUGACCUCAAAAUCGGGGAGUUUGUAUAAAUUACGAUCAAUGGUGUUUAGAAAUUGCUUACAAUAUUCACCACACAAUGUAAGAGUGGAUUUGCAACGAAAUGGACGAGAAAAUAAUUAUAAUAAGACUUUCAAAGUAAUGGAAACUAAGAAUUAAAAUGUUAUUAUUACCCGUAU